CAAGUCUUUCGAUUUUCCCCCAAGCCAAUCGGAAAUAGACCUCCUCAACGACUUGACGAUUUUUUUCCUUGGUGUUCUCCGUUUUCCUUCCCAACAAUCUUUGCGAUGAAUAUAUUUUCCUUGGUAUCUUCACACAUUAUUUGUGAUUAUGUUUUGAUGCUUUUCUGGUUCGGGGUUUUCCAGUCUUCCCGAUUGCAUUUUAUCUCGGCAUUUCUCAGCGAUUGUUUCAAAAGAGUAUUAAAACAUUUUGGGUAUUUUUUUUUUUUUUUUUUUUUUGGAUCCUCAUUCAUUUCGGGCAUUGGAGGAUUGGAAAAAUGGCUGUAUAUUGUUUUAUUCGCACAUCAUUCGCUCGGGUUUUCUUUUAUGUGUGUUGGUUGCCCUUGACAGGGUGGAUUGUUUUUGUCUUUGUUGAACUGUUUCACUCACUAUAGAUAGACCAGGACGGUCCGGAGGGGGGGGGUGGUUUCAAGGCAUAAUAUUUUAUAUUUCCGGGGAAUUUUGAAAUUCAGAAUAUCAACAGACUACCUUAAUUUCUAA